AUGCCUGCGUCACCACUACGUCCCUCCCCCUCACUACCGCGCAGCAACAUGUCCGGCACAGCGUACAAGGCAAACACUGUAAAAAUCAGUGAUCAGGCGAUCUUCAAUGAUAAACAUGUCAUGACGCGAGUCUUUGCGGGUAUGCUGGCCCAGGGGGACGGCAAGCGUAACCUGUGGGAUUACAGCCCCUUGGUGAUCCAGCACCUUUGCAUAUAUCAUUAUUGCAGAACGAUGUUUGGUCCGACACCUAUUGCGUACCUGAAGUGGGUCUUUGUCCUUGGACAGUUGAUGUUCAAUGAAAAUGAUGACUCGUCUGCCACUGCUCGUGAAUUUAUCCAAGCUUACGAACGAUUUGUACCUGACAAGGUCGAUGAGAGCACCCCUGGAUCUGGCGUCAUCAUCCCGAACCACAUCUUCAUUCAUGGCGAGACAAUCUUCCCAUGGCGCAUCCCGGAGGCAGAGCCGAGCAGCCCAAACGCGCUUUGGGGAUGCACGGAUGGCAGCCCGUGGUUCCGCUCUUGGCUGAAUCGGGAGGAUGAGGCUAGACAGCUCUUGUCGCUCGCCGCGGAGGUCAGGAAUCUUGAGGAAAUCGACCAGGAUAGUGUUUUCAGCUACCAUAUGUCUAAUUUUCAUCGUUUGCGUCGAACAUGCGGUGUAAAUGGCCACAUGUAUCUCCAGCACGUGAUGGGAUUGGCAUUUCUAUACACCGACGAAUACGACAAGAAGUCAGAAAAGGAUUUGAAGUCUGACUUUGCCGAGAUGUACUAUCGAUGGAGUGGACGAUGGGCAGACCCAAACGAGAAACUGAUUCCUUGGGUCGGCAACAAUUUUCGCAUCAUUCCUCUUACACUCGAUAUGAUUUGGAGCAGGGGUCCAUACGGCGAACUCGAGUUCAAGGAGGAAGAGCCUAACCCGGUGCGAGUUCUGCACGAGUUUUUUACCAUACAUAGCGGUGUCAAGAGUGUCGAGGUGGCGCAGUCGAAGUCGGUGUGA